AUCACCCUCUCUUUGAGCUGCAGCAGCUGCCAUUUGCCUCUCUCUCGCUUACUGCCUCCAAAAUCGAAAGGCAAAAUCUAGGGUUUUGAUUGAAGCCAUGGCAGACAAAGCAGUUACCAUUCGUACCAGGAAGUUCAUGACAAAUCGUCUUCUUUCAAGGAAGCAAUUUAUCAUUGAUGUUCUUCAUCCUGGCAGAGCCAAUGUUUCUAAGGCAGAAUUGAAGGAGAAGCUGGCAAGUUUGUAUGAGGUGAAGGACACAAAUACAAUCUUUGUGUUCAAGUUUAGGACACAUUUUGGAGGUGGGAAAUCCACUGGAUUUGGGUUGAUUUAUGAUACAGUUGACAAUGCAAAGAAGUAUGAGCCGAAGUAUAGGCUUAUUAGGAAUGGGCUUGCCACUAAGGUUGAGAAGUCAAGGAAGCAAUUGAAGGAGAGAAAGAACAGAGCCAAGAAAGUCCGCGGAGUAAAGAAGACAAAGGCUGGAGACGCUGCAAAGAAGAAGUAGGGAGUUUGUGAUAGUUUUUAAGCGCCCAGAUUCACCAGGGGGGAUUUCUUCAGUCUUGUUCUCAAUCAUUUAGGUAUUCUUCAGAUGGAACAUUUCUUUUUUGCGUGGAUGCUGGUGUCAGUUUUUAGUUAAAUUCUCUGAUUUCGAGCACUAUCAGUGGACAAGUUUUGGAACACUGAACAGUUAGAUCCCAUGCUGAAAUUUGAAGGCUAUAACUUCUGGAUUCGUUACCUGGAUGUGACGAUCUAUUUCAUCA